AUGAAUGCAACAUGUUUCAGAAAGGAUCCAAACUGCGCGAGGCCAUUUGAAGGAUUGAAAUUCAUAGAUGUUGGCUGUGGAGGGGGGAUUUUAUCUGAGCCUUUGGCUCGUAUGGGUGCCACUGUUACAGGAAUUGAUGCUGUUGAAAAGAACAUCAAGAUUGCACAACUUCAUGCGCAUUUGGAUCCUAUGACUUCAUCAAUUGACUACCACUGCACAACAGCUGAACAAUUGGUGGAAGAGCAGAGGAUAUUUGAUGCUGUACUUGCACUGGAGGUAAUUGAGCACGUGGCAGAUCCUUGUGAUUUCUGCAAAUCCUUGUCAGCAUUGACCAGUUCUGGUGGAGCUACGGUUAUCUCCACGAUUAAUCGAUCCAUGAAAGCAUAUGCAACUGCCAUCCUCAUGGCUGAAUAUGUGCUACACUGGCUUCCAAGAGGCACACAUCAAUGGUCGAGCUUCUCGACGCCAGAAGAACUAGUCCUUAUUCUUGAGCGUGCCUCUAUUUCAGUCAAAGAGAUGGCUGGGUUUGUUUAUGACCCCUUGACUGGGAAAUGGUCCCUUUCUGAUGAUAUCAGUGUAAAUUUCAUCGCUUAUGGCACUAAGAACAGUGAAUAG